AAGCAUGUUCAAGAGAUGGAUUCUGAGCUGCCAGUGUUUCCUAAUUUGACUUCCUUGGUACUUGGUGCGGGCUAUGUUGGAUGGGAAUGGUUAUCACAAUUCUUGGAGAAAUCACCGUGUCUAGAGAGUCUUGUCUUCAAAGAGGGGUAUCAAAGUGAACACUAUAGAGAUGAAUAUUAUGAAGAAGGAGACAGCGAGGGAGACGACAAGCCCUUGCUUUGCCAUCCACCUGAGGAUGUUCCUUCUUGUUUACGCUCGAACCUCAUGGUAAUCAAGUUUGUGAACUUUCAAGGGGAUGAUGGGGAACUGAAAAUGAUGGAGUAUUUUCUGAGGAAUGCUAAAGUUUUGGAGAAGUUGUUGAUACAAACUGACGGAACUGUUGACGAAUGUUUUGACAUGGGAGCAGCGGGGUUGGCGGUUGCAGAACAACAGUUGGAGGUUACGACAAAACUUUUAAUGUUACCAAGAAACUCAAAGACUUGUCAGAUUGAGUUUGUUAUUCGGCGUUAUGACUUUUGUACCCGAUCGUUCUACUGAGUAGGCCCCGUUGUGUUUGGUUAUGUACUAGUUUUUGAUACCUACCCUUUCAAACUUGUUUUUUGGUGUUGGUAGCCAUAUACAUUGCUGGUAUCUUUUAUGA